AUGACAUCAUGACACACUCACGUUUAAUUUGGAAGAUCACCACUUGAGAUCUUAUCAGUUAUCAGUGUGUUAACGUCUGCUUCUAAAUUUGCCUACGUUUUCGUGCAUAAUGAGAUAUUAUUUAGUCGGAUUGGUUUCCUUCUCCAUCGUUGUGGUAGUCAGCGCUGGCGUCUGUCCUGACGGAUGGCUUCACAAUGGUGGAUCAUGCUAUGCUUUUAUUGACUCCGAACCUGAGGGUUGGAUAGAAGCUAUGUUUUAUUGCAGCACAGUGAAAGCAAAACUGGUUGAAGUAGAAUCUGUCUCGGAAAAUAAUUUCCUUAAAAAACAUCUGCAGGAAAUUGGAACGACGGCAAACUAUUGGAUUGGACUGUCUGACAUCAUAAAUGAGGGACACUACAUCUGGCAGACGACACAGGAUAAUGUAGAUUUUUCUGAUUGGGCUACUGGGGAACCAAACGACCUGGGUCAUACAGAAGACUGUGCGGAAUUCUACCACCCUGUAAGCUUUCAGUGGAACGAUGCCCCGUGCAGCACUAAAAGCAACUUUAUAUGUGAGAAAUCAAGUACCUCGGUCCCUGAUGUCAUUGGAUAGCCUUUCGUCAUUUCAAUCUUUUGUAGAGGACUUAAACAUUUAAGCAAAUAAACCCUAAUUGGUUUA